AAAUUCAUCUUACAUACAUUACGGUGUUUUAUACUUCCUCUGUUUUUCAACCCCUAUAAUGAUGUCCAUAGCCUUGUUCUAUUAGCUUCUUUCAAAUCUGCAGUUUUUUUCUGGCUUUGGUUAUAACUAUAACUCCUCCUCACUAGAAAGAGUUGUCAUCAUUGCUUAGCUUAGUUCAGUUCAAAGCUCCACUUCUGUUUUAGUUUCAAAAACCCUUUUCUAGAAUUUCUUGUUGCUUAUUCUUUACUAAAAAAGUAAAAAGAGGAGAUCAGAUCAAUGUCUGACCCAGUGUCACUUCUGGCAGGCCCUAUAAUCACAAAAAUCAUAGAGUUAGGAUUUUCCUUUGGUAAGAACAAAUAUGAUCAACUCUAUGGGGUGGAAGGUGAGAUGGAAAAGCUAAUGAGCAACUUAAGCUCCAUCAAAGCAGUGCUUAACGAUGCUGAACGGUGUUGCUCGGAUUCAAAAUCAGAGCAGCUAGUAGAUUGGCUUUCAAAGCUUAGAGAUGCUUCUCUUGAUGUGGAGGAUAUUCUGGAAACUUAUGCUAUUGAGGCUUCUAUUAUACAGAAGCAGAGGCUCACUACCCCAUUUGCUUGGCUUUCCUCUCGAUCAGAUGCUGCAAAUAAGAUCAAGAAGAUGGUCACAAGGAUGGAUAUUAUUUCCCAAGAAAAGACUAAUUUCCAUUUCAGGCCUGGGGACUAUGGUGGAACAGAUUGGACGCCUCAAGGCAAUAGGAUUGGCCUUCGAGAGAUGAGUUACUUAAGGGACACAUCAGAUAUUGUUGGGAGGGAAGAGGAGCGAGAAGAAGUUGUUAGUUGGUUGCUCAAGGAAGAAGAAGAAGAAGAAGAAGAAGAAGAAGAAGAUGAAGCUGGCAAUAAUAGACGUGUCCCUGUUCUUCCCAUCAUAGGGAUGGGAGGCCUAGGGAAAACAACCCUCGCUCAGCUAGUCUAUAAUGAUGAGAGGGUCUAUAAAAAGCUCGAUGAUGUGUGCCAUUUCAAGGUUGCUAUGUGGAUUAAUGUCUCAGUAGAUUCAAGUGUGGAUAAGAUUCUUAGGGAGAUGGUUGAAAUUCUCACGGAGAUGAGGCAUGACAUGAUUCCACGAAGCUCAAUCCAGUCACGUAUCCUGGAAGUCCUUGAUGGAAAACGUUUCCUGCUUGUGCUAGAUGAUGUGUGGGUUGAGAAACUAGACUGGGAACCUAUUCAUGAUUUCCUGAAAUUAUGUCCAAAAGGAAGUAAAAUUUUGGUUACCAGUAGAAAUGGCAACGUCACAAAGAUUAUGGGUGCUAGUCAUACACAUACCUUGGGCCAGUUGCCAGAGGAACGAUGUUGGGACUUGUUUGCAAAAAGAGCCUUUCCGGAUGGAGCAUAUUCGACAGAUUUAGAAGAGAUAGGUAGAGAAAUCACCCGCAGGUGCAAUUGCCUCCCUCUAGCAGUGAAGGCAAUGGCAGGACUUUUGAGAGGGGAUAAUGAUGUCAGUAAAUGGCAGAGGAUCCUGAAAAACGGCAUCUGGGAAUCAGAGCAAUCCAAUCUUGGAAAUGGGAUUCCAAACAUUCUGCCUGCUCUUAAAUUGAGUUAUGAUCAUCUCCCUUCUCAACUCAAGCAGUGUUUUGCAUACUGUUAUAUAUUUCCAAAAGGCCAUAUGUUUGACAAAUAUCAUCUAGUCAAACUGUGGAUAGUUGAAGGUUACAUCCAACUGACAGGAGAAAACAAACUGGAGGAAACUGGAAGUGAUUAUUUUGAUGAGUUGCUAACGAGGUCCUUCUUUCAGAUCUUAGACAUUGAUAACAAGGUACGGUACAAGAUGCACGAUCUAAUUCAUGAUUUAGCAAAAUCUGUCUCUAGUUGCUGUCAGCGGAUCGAAGAAAACAAGUCAUACUCUAUUCAACAUACAUCUCGGCAUGUAUCAUUUCAUUGUAAAGAUGUUCAGAAGCCUGCAGCAGAGAUUCUUAAAGCUAAGAAGCUCCGUACUUUAUUGCUACCAAUCAGCUACGCUAGAGAUUUUGGCCUAGCCCUUGACAAGAUGUUCCGUGCACUCAGAUACAUGCGGGUUUUAGAUCUCAGUUCAACCAACAUAAUUGAUUUGCCAAAAUCUAUAGGACAGCUGAAGUUGUUGCGGUACCUUGACUUGUCAAGAACUGAGAUUAGAUUACUUCCAAACACAGUUUGCAACCUCUACAAUCUGCAAAUACUAAAACUCCUUGGGUGUCUUUGGCUUCUGGAAUUGCCAAAGGACCUUGGAAACCUGCAAAAUCUUCGAUAUCUUGAGCUGGAUGAGAUGUUCUGGUACAAGUGCUCUAAAUUGCCCCCAAAUAUAGGAGGUUUAACUAAUUUGCAUAAUUUUCACUCCUUCUAUGUCCGUCAGGAGAGUGGAUAUGGAAUUGAGGAGUUGAAGAGCAUGAACAGUUUAGAAGGUACGCUACACAUUUCUAUGCUUGAAAACUCGGCAGAUGCAAAGGCGGCAGAGCUUAAACAAAAAGAAGGAAUUACUAAGUUGACACUUGAAUGGAGCAAGCAGGAUGCCAGUUUACAAAAUCAAACAGUGCAAGAAAUAGUCCUUGAAGAUCUUGAACCUUACCAGAGCCUGAGAGAGCUUCACAUACACCAGUACAAAGGAAGCAGAUUUUCAAGUUGGAUGGGUAAUGGAAUGCUCCAAAAUUUAUACAAAAUCUCCUUAAAUCAUUGUGUAAGUUGUAGAAUCCUCUCUGUUGGUCCAUUACCGCACCUUCAGGAGCUUCGCAUCAAAGGAAUGUUAGAGUUGUCUGAAUGGCCAGAGACACUAUAUCCAUCCUUAAGGAGCCUAAGGAUUAGUAAGUGCCCACAGUUGCGGGAACUUCCACGCAUCUUCCCAAACCUCAGGGUCAUGAAGAUCAACCACUGUGAUGUUCUCAAGGCUCUACCAGUCAUGCCAACUGUAAUGUUCUUGAUCCUUAGCAACAAUGCCUUGCUAGAAGAAUGGAGAGAAGUAACUAUGCAUAUUGUUACUAGGAACCAUGGAGGUGGAGAUGUACGCGUACAACGACAUUCAUUUAUGGAUCUUCUCGAAUUGAAAAUUGUCAAUUGUCCAAGGCUGCAGGAAAUGCCAACACUCUUUUCACCUCAGAAGUUGCAAAUAAGUGGGUGCAUUUUAAGAACACUUCCACAACACAACCAACGUCUUCAGUGUCUGGAACUAGAUAAAUGCAAUGGUUCAAGUUUGAUAGAUGCAAUACAAAGUACAGACUCCUUAUACUCGCUCAUCAUUUCCAACUUCACCAACCUCGAUACAUUACCCAAACUGCCACAUCUUCCUCGGCUACAAUCUUUGUAUAUCCACAACUGCCAGGAUCUUGUUACUUUGUCACAUGAAAAUAGUACAUUGAGAAACCUCACCUCCCUGAAGCUUCUGUCUAUUUCAGGAUGUAAAAAACUGGAGGCGUUUCCAGAAGAAGGGCUCCCAACAUCGAUUGAAUGCUUGAGCAUUGAGAACUGUCUCAAUCUGAAAUCUUUUCCUACACCAAACUAUCUAUCAAGCAUCACAUCCCUUAGAGAUCUAUACCUGGAGGACUGCCCAAAACUUAAAUCCAUCGCAGAAGAUGGAUUGCCCUCCUCUCUUCAGCAUUUACGAAUUCGAGGAUGUUCUCUACUCACACAACAAUUCAACAAGGAUGCAGGAGGCAAGUAUUGGAAAAUGAUCAGUCAUGUUACAGAUUUGGAGCUUGAAUCUAUCAAGAAUCAUCAACCAAAGCCAAUUCUUGGCCCUAGAAAAGGUUAUCUUGCUUGCUUUACAAGAAAAUAGAGCUUUUUUUGGAAAUAGGAAGUGUCAAUCACCUAUAGAAACCCGGGAAAAUGAACAAGUCUUAAGAGACAGAAUUACAGACCUUGUCUGCACCACUAUUUAAUUAAAUUUCUUCGUAAAAUGCACAUUUAGAAAUUUUAGUAUAAUAAAUUAGGACUUUCAGAUUGUUACAUUGUAUCAUCGGCCAUUAUAGUCCAACGUAAAUUAAGUAUAUUGUCUUGUAAUAUUCUUCUUUUAUUGAAUUCCCCAAUAAGAUAAAUUAGAAAAACUAGCUCUAUUUCACAA